GGAGCGCGGCCCCGGCGCGAUGGAGGCGCUGCGGCGGCCGGCGCUGCCCGAGGACUCGGUGCGCUACCGCCUGUUCGCGGCGGCGGCGGCGGGCCCGGGCGGCGAGGCGCUGCUGCGGCGCUGCGCUGAGCUGGCCCUGGUGCGCUUCGCCCCGCUCCUGGCCGCCUACGUGUGGCAGCGGCAGCCGUUCCGCCUGCACUACGUGCCGCGCCGCGGCGAGACGCCGGCGCACAUCGGCGGCACCACCCUGUUCGGGGAUAACGUGGAGGAUGAGUGGUUUAUUGUGUACCUGGUCCGGGAGAUCACCAGGGAGUUCCCGGGGCUGGCAGCCAGGAUCGAUGACAACGAUGGAGAGUUUCUCUUGAUAGAAGCAGCUGAUUUUCUCCCAAAAUGGCUGAGUCCUGAGAACAGUGAAAACAGGGUGUUCUUUUACAAAGGAGAGCUGCACAUCAUUCCACUGUCGGAGACUUCAGAGCAGGACUGGGACCUCCCUGCUCCCUGCCCCACCAUCCCACAGGCAUUGGCACUGUUAUCCACCCGCUCUGAGGAGUUCCUGGCUGCAGAGCCCAUCAGAGCUGCGCUGUAUAAACGCAUCGAGGGGUAUCCCGAGAAGAUCCAGGCCUCGCUGCACCGGGCCCACUGCUUCCUCCCGGCCGGAAUCGUGGCCGUGCUGAGGCAGCGCCCGUCCCUGGUGGCUGCGGCCGUCCAGGCCUUCUACCUGCGGGAUCCGGGCGAUUUACGGGCCUGCCGGCGCCCUUUCAGAACCUUCCCUGCCGACCAGCGAGUGAUGACCCUGGUGACUUUCACUCGGUGUUUGUAUGCACAGCUGGUGCAGCAGAAGUUUGUUCCAGACAGACGCAGUGGGUACACCUUGCCCACCCCAUCUCAUCCUCAGUACAGAGCCUACGAGCUGGGCAUGAAACUGGCUCAUGGCUUUGAAAUUUUGUGCUCCAAGAGCAGUAAAGUAGCUCCUGAUGCCAAGAGAAAUGUGUUAAGCGGUCCUCUGUGGGAGAGGUUCCUCAGGAGCUUGAAGGAAAAAGAUUAUUUCAAGGGAGAAAUGGAAGGAUCUGCGAAGUACCUGGAGCUGUUGCAUAUGGCAGAAGAUCACUUCCAGCAAUCUGUUGCCCUGCCAGAAAGCUCUGUUGAAGUGAGCCCAGGUGAUGAAAUCCUGACACUGCUACAGACAAUAUCCAUUGAUUUGAAGGAAUUUGAGAGAGAAGCAGCUUGUCUUCCUGCAGAGGAUGAUGACAGCUGGCUGGAUAUUACACCAGAUGCUCUGGAUCAGAUGCUGAAGGAGACAAGAAAUGAGUCCCUUCCUUCCACAAAUGAGGAAGAGGAAAAAUACGACUUGGAAACAGUUGCUGAGAGCAUGAAGGCUUUUGUGUCCAAAGUGUCCACGCAUGAGGGAGCAGAAAUGCCAUGGUAG